GGGGUUCUAACAUAAACCCUAAUCACCUCUUCUUUUUUACUUCUCCGCUCAUCUCCGUCCUCACUCUGCUUCUAUUGACAUCGCUUUCCGACAACUAUGGUGAAGCAUUAUAGACCUCCUGGAAAGAAAAAGGAAGGCAACGCCGCCAGAUACGUUACCAGGUCUCAAGCUGUCAAGCAGCUCCAAGUUACUCUACAACUUUUCAGGAAACUGUGCAUUUACAAAGGUGUUUUUCCUCGGGAACCAAAGAAGAAGGUGAAAGGGAAUCACCACACUUAUUAUCACGUGAAGGACAUUGCAUUCAUUCAACAUGAUCCAUUACUUGAGAAGUUCAGGGAAAUUAGGGCAUAUCAAAAGAAGAUAACCAAGGCAAAGGCAAAGGCUAACAAGGAACUUGCAAACAUUCUACUAACUCGACAACCUAGUUAUAAAUUAGACCACGUCAUUCGGGACAGGUAUCCUAAGUUCAUUGAUUCUCUAAGAGAUUUGGAUGAUUGUCUCACAUUGGUGCACCUCUUUGCGGUGCUGCCUGCAAUUGAUAGGGUGAAAAUUGAGGUCAAGCGUGUUCAUAACUGUCGAAGGUUGAGUCAUGAAUGGCAAGCAUAUAUAGCUCGCACUCAUAAAUUGAGAAAGGUUUUUGUGUCUGUUAAGGGCAUAUAUUACCAGGCUGAGGUUGAGGGUCAAAAGAUCACAUGGUUGACUCCUCAUGCAUUGCAACAAGUUUUGACUGAUGAUGUAGACUUUGGUGUUAUGUUAACAUUUUUGGAGUUCUACGAGACUCUCCUUGCCUUCAUAAAUUUUAAGCUAUAUCAUUCUAUAAAUGUGAAGUAUCCACCCAUUCUUGAUCCCCGGUUGGAAUCUUUGGCUGCAGAUCUUUAUGCAUUGUCAAGAUAUUUUGAUGCUAGCUCUAGAGCUUCCUUAAUGGAACCUCAUGUGGCUGGCUCAUCUAAUUUGGAGCAAGUUGACAAUCAGCCAGAUAGGAAACAACAUGAUGAGUCAGAUGUAAGACUUGCCCAACUUCAGCAUCAGCUGCCCUCCAAUGAGCCUGGUGCACUGAUGCAUCUUGUUGGAGAUGUCGGUGUUGACACUGAUAAUGAUGAUGAUGAAGAUACUAGACAGUGCAAGAACCUGUUUAAGAAUAUGAAAUUCUUUUUGAGCCGAGAGGUCCCUCGGGAGUCAUUGCUUUUUGUCAUUCCUGCUUUCGGUGGUGUUGUUUCUUGGGAUGGAGAUGGGGCUCCAUUCUCAGAAGGUGAUCAGAGCAUUACUUAUCAGAUUGUUGACAGGCCAACUCAGGGUCAUAAAUACCUUUCAAGAGAAUAUAUUCAACCGCAGUGGGUUUAUGAUAGUGUAAAUGCUCGUAUCAUAUUGCCAACUGAGGCUUACACGGUGGGAAGGGUUCCUCCACCUCACCUUUCACCUUUCGUUGAUCAUGAGGCAGAAGGUUAUGUUCCUGACUAUGCAGAGACUAUUAAACGGCUGCAGGCUGCAGCAAAAAAUGAAGUCCUUCCAAUGCCUGGUGUGGGAAAAGAAGACAUUGAUGAUCCUCAGAAUUUGUUGGUUGAAGGUUAUGUCAGUCGGGCAGAAGCUAUUGAAGCUGCCGAGAAAAGGCAGAAGAUGAUGACUCUUGAGAAGCAGUAUCAUGAUGAAUUGAAAAAGGAACUUCAGGGUGUCCAUGAUUUAUCUUCUGUCUCAAAUGCAAUUGAGCAAAGCCCUGGAAAGGAUGCAGAGGCUGUGAAGGAAACUCUCCCUGACCUUAAACAAAUUGCUGAAGAUGCUGAAAAUAUGUCGACAAUUGUGAUGUCACGUAAAAAGCGGGGCUUGUACAAAGCCAUGCAGAUUGGCAAGGAACGGAAGCAUUCACGUGUUAAUCUUCUCAAGGAACGGAAGAAAAAGUUAGUAGAAGAAACUCAGAAGGCUAAGAAUAACUAGGGACACUGAGAUAAGUGGUGGUGUUAACAUUUACAAUUUUGUAGCAUCUUUUUAUUCCAGUUCACUUCCCUGCUUGCUGGAGGUUAUCAUUUGAGUGAUCUUUGUUGAACAUUGGUUUUUUUUUUUGGAGUGUGACUAGCAAAAACUUCACUGCGCUAAUGUUGAUUGUGUAUUCAAUUGUAUUUAUAAUUCCCUUCUACUUAA